UUCUACAGUGAUACUUCUGACAUCGAUCCGUCAAUUCCGACAUUAGUUUUAUAAACUACUAACCAAUAUAGUAAAGAGAGCUUUUUAUAACUCAAUUUUUAUUUUAAUAAAGUUUUAUAUCGAAAUGAUCAAUAUUCAUAAAAAAAAUUAUAUAUUCUAAGAGAACAGUCAAAUGAAUAGUUGAUUAUAAUAUAGAACUUACAUAUUAUAAAACUAAUAAAAUUAUAAAUUAUAAUGUGUAUAAUAUAAAUAAAAAAAUAGUAUACAAAGAUAACAUAUAAAAAAGUACGAUUUUAAUUUAAUGAACAUGCGAAAUAAUAAAAAAAUAAGAAGUUUUUUUUAUAUAAUAUUGUAUCUAAUAAAAAUAUAAAAGAAUAUUUAAAAAAAAAUUUUAAGAAUUUUUGGAAAGAUUAACAAACAAUUAAUUUAAUAAUAUAACUAUAAGUAAUGCAACAAUUGAAAUCGACAGAUAUCGAAAAAAAAUGAAGAAAUUGUUUCUAUAUUUUCUCUCCAUUGUCAUAUUUAUCCUGGUAAUAAUAAUAUUCUUAAAUGAUGAUUUCAUUGAAGAAGAUGAAUUUGAACCGAUAAGACAAAACAUUGAUAAUAUGAAUAUUUCCUGUUACAAUCAAGCGAGCACGUCAGAAAGUCUUCCGAACAUUGAUGCGAAAUUAGAUAACCAAGACACGGAUUGGAAUAUCUUUUUUCACGAAACAUCUUGUUUUGAUGAAAAUGGUUUAGCAUUGAAUGCUCGUCAAGCAUGCGCCGUCGAAUCUGCAGCUAAAAUAAAUCCAGAUAUGAACAUAUAUUUAUUAUUUCUCUCUCCUUCAAAGAUUUCGAGACGAUUCAGAAGAUUAUUUAAACAAUUGCAAACAUAUCCGAAUAUUCAUAUCAGACGUAUCAAACCUGAAGAUUAUAUGAAGAAUACACCUCUUAAUGAAUGGUAUAAAACCGAAAUAUUAAAGAAAAGUAAAUGGCCAAUUAAUCAUAUGUCUGAUAUUUUAAGAUAUCUGACACUUUGGAAAUAUGGAGGAAUAUAUUUGGAUUUAGAUGUUAUUGUCAUCAAACCAAUUAAAUAUUUAGCAAAUUUCGCCGGUGCUGAGGAUAGAAAUCAAGUGGCUGCAGGAGUUAUAGGAUUCGACACUUCGAUGACAGGUCGUCGCAUGGCUAAUGAAUGCAUUCAGGAGAUACGAAAUAAUUUUCGAGGCGAUUUGUGGAAUCACAAUGGUCCUGGUGUAAUUACCAGAAUAUUAAAAAAAAUUUGUUCAACAAAAAAUUUACAGGAUGCAUCCAUGAUUCGAUGUGAAGGUUUCAAAAUUUAUCCUCCUUCCACUUUUUAUCCAAUUCAUUAUAGUAACUGGAAGUCAUAUUUUCAAACAACGAACAAGAAUGCAACAAUGAAAAAAAUAGAAGAGGCGAUAACAAUUCAUGUAUGGAAUAAAUUAAGCAAUGGCGAAAAGGUAAAUGUAAAUAGUGAUAUCCCGUAUAUGAUUAUUGCAAGGAAAUACUGUCCAAAGGUUUUCAAAAAUUGUGGAAACAUAUUUUAAGUAUUAAAGUAUUUCAACUUUAUGAGUUGAGACUUUAAGAUUAUUAAAAUGAAAACUGACCGAGUAACUCAAUUAUUAAAUACGCAUAAUUUUAAAUAUUUAUGUAAUAUAUAUGAUGAUUUCAAUUAUCCAAAUUUUUUAUAAUUAUUACUAAUUUUUUAUAAUAUUACUAUUAAUAUAUCAUGUAGUAAAAAGAUUGAAAAAUACUGUUUUAAAGAAUUAUUAAUAAAUCUAAAAUAGAAAAA